AAUGAAAAGCGUACUAUUGUCGAGUUGUACGAUUUGCCUCCACUUACAAGAUAUGGAAAAUCAGCAAGACAAUCAAAGUUGGAAGAAUCGCUUGUGCUUCCACUGCAUUUAGAAGAACCACUUGUAGCUGCUGACCUUUCUGCACCUUCUGAAAGCGAUCGACCAAAAGUUUCAGUAGUCUCAUUUACAACUCCAACUGGAUUCCGACGUGAUUCUAGUGAUAAUGAUGACUUUGUAGAUCGUAUUACAGCACGACAUCACUACGUAUGA